AGCGCCGCACAUUUUGGACGAUUGGAAGGAAUAAUCCGAAGCGGAUAACGCACCUAUGGAGCGUUGAUUUCAAUCCAAAAAGGAAAGAUUGCGCGUGUUGUUUGGAACGAUUGCAAGGCUAGGGAAUAGCGGCUUGUUACGUAACCAAGAGACUCCUGAGCUGUCCACGGUGCUGAAAAGCGUACAUCGCGUAUAUUUAAGCCGGCAAAAGCUCUUUUUAUCCCUUAAAAAGCUCCGUUCGAUGACCCAUCAAUCAUCUUGGGGCUGUUUUUCCAUCUAUACAGGGAGAAGGUCACAGGCUCGUUUGCCGUGCAGCUAGAUCGAUUAUUUUAUUUUAUUUUUUUAUUAAGCAUUCCAGAUAAGGGGGUCCAAAUGUCGGGUCAGACGCUCACGGACCGCAUCGCUGCGGCCCAGUACCAGCUGACGGGUUCGGACAUGGCCAGGGCCGUGUGUAAGGCUACAACGCACGAAGUGAUGGCGCCCAAGAAGAAGCACCUGGAGUACCUGGUGUCGGCCACCAACACCACCAACGUGAACAUCCCGCAGAUGGCCGACACACUUUUCGAGCGGGCCACCAAUGCCAGCUGGGUGGUGGUCUUCAAGGCCCUGGUCACCACCCACCACAUGUGCGUGCACGGCAAUGAGAGGUUCAUCCAGUACUUGGCCUCCAGGACUUCACUCUUUAACCUCAGCAACUUCAUUGACAAAACUGGCUCGAAUGGCUACGACAUGUCCACGUUCAUCAGACGGUACGGCCGCUACCUGAAUGAAAAAGCCUUCGCCUACCGCCAGAUGGCUUUCGACUUCACUCGAGUUAAGAAAGGGGCCGAGGGGGUGAUGAGAACCAUGACCACGGAGAAGCUCUUGAAGGGCAUGCCCGUCUUGCAGACUCAGAUUGACACGCUUCUGGAGUUUGACGUUCAUCCUAAGGAGCUGAACAACGGCAUCAUCAAUGCCGCUUUCUUGCUGCUCUUCAAGGACUUGGUCAAGCUCUUUGCAUCCUACAACGAUGGCAUCAUCAACAUGUUGGAAAAAUAUUUCAAGAUGAAAGAGCGACUGUAGAAAAAGAGCGACUGUAAGGAAGCGUUAGAGAUCUACAAGAGGUUCCUGACCCGGGUGACUAAAAUCGGGGAGUUCAUGAAGCUGGCGGAGACCGUUGGAGUUGACAAAAAUGACAUCCCCGACAUUAACUAUGCCCCCAGCAGUAUCCUGGAGUCUCUGGAAACGCACAUGAAUGGCCUAGAGGACGUCAAGGGUGGCAAGAAGGGGUCUCCGACUAAGGGUUCUCCCACAAACAACGUGUCUCCGACUUCGACUCCGGCCAAAUCGUCAAACGCCGUCCCGGCACUGCAGCCUCCACCUGGGGAGAGCGCGGCCGCUGCCGCUCCGGCUGCACCCGAGCCAGCGGAAGAUUCCUUGUUGGACUUGGAUCCUCUGUCCUCUUCUGGCCCGCCAGCAGCAUCCGCAGGCCCCACGUCCUGGGGAGACCUUCUCGGAUCAGAUGACUUCGCCACGCCCGCCGCGGACGCCGCCACCACCGAGGCCUCCGCCGCGGCAGCUGAGGGCGGAACCGCAGCUACACCCACCGCCCCUGUCGCCGGAGCUGCAGCCGAGUCCACUGGAGGAGGAGGAGAUGCACCAGCAGCCGCUGUCGCCACCCCUGGAGCAGAACUCAUCUCAGCUUUUGGUGGCUUAGGAGAGGUAAUGAAGCCCACCCUGACCCCCCAGGCGGGUGAUGUUGACAUGGCUAACAUGGCGAGUAAUCUGACGAUGGGAUCUCCAGCGGCUCCUCAGGUAGCUCCCCCCAGCUGGGGUGCCCCCAUGCCCGGGGCACCGGGUGCCGGAGCUCCCAUGAUGCAUUUGGUUAGACCGGGCUUCCCCGCCGCCAACGCCCCGAUGUCUCCUGGAAUGACCCAGAGCCCCAGAAAGCCUCCCCCGCCCAGGAACGCUCUGGAUGACCUUAACAUCAAGGACUUCAUGUAGGCAGACACAUAGGUGUUUGGCGCUCCGGAUGUCUGCACUCCCCCCCCCCCCCCAUCUAGAGGCCGCAACCCCUCGAAGACCCCCCCAUACCUCCGCCCCCAUGAUGUACUGUUGUAGCACAACUGUAAAUGUGAACCCUAGAUACAGAACACAUAGUUUUACGUGUGUGUGUGUGGGGGUGUGUGUGGGUGUAAAUCAGUGUUAAACUCUACUUAAUAUAUUACUGCUAGGGGGGAGGGGCAAAGAAAAAGAACAACAAAGAAAGAAUGCAUAUGGAAAACUAUUCUGGACUUGAAUGCAAUGGUCUGGUGGUUUCCCUGCGCAUCUGCCAGACGAGGAGCGUGUUGUUCAAUGUGGACUGUGUUUUGGUGUGUGUAUCUUGACUGGCCAACCCGCCUCCUUCAUCGUCCCAACUAAUACUGAGCUAACUCCCCGUCGUCCCAGCUAAUACCGAGCUAAGUGUGUGUGUGUGUGUGUGUGAUGGUUGUACCUUCAAGUAUGUCAAGCUUCCCCACUCACGCUCCCUAUUGGUCGUGAAAAACAUGCAACGUCAUCCACGGUUUUAUUAUUACUUUGGGAUUCUACGGAAACGUGCCGAGAUCUGCGCACAAAUUAACAUAUGCAUUUUAAUGAUAGAUGACUUAUUUUCUUUAUUUUGAAGACAAAGUACCAUAUAUUUUAGUUACAUAUCUGGGGGGGGGUAAGCAUGUAGAUGUAAACAAAAAACAUACCUGUCAGUUUUGUAGAGGCAGUAUUCAUUUAAAAUAAUUGCUGGCUGUUUGACGUGACGCCCUCUACUGGUGUCGAGUGCCUGGGGAUGAAAUAAUAUUGAAGUUACUUGCAUUUGUGCAUGCAAUUGGUUGGCAUCAGGAACAUUUGCUGAUUGGGAAGCGGCGUGUAAAGCACUCACGUAUACGCUAGAUGUUAUGUGUUGUUUAUUUCAAAAAGUGACUGUAACUUAAUUCAUUGUGACAAUUACAUGUUGAAAGAAAAAAAUAAAAUAAAAGCAAGAAUGACAUUCACAUAGACAA